ACCUCAUCAUAUAACCACCAAAAAUUGAACUUAUCAGACAUUUGACGACCUUUUACAGAAGAACACAUGUGGUGUUAAUCAAUAUAGACGGCCCUUAUUACUGUUAUCAUUCAAAUCAUUUGUCAUCAUCUCACAACAUGAAUACUACUUUCCUUCCAGGUCAUGGACCUCAGCCUUCGACUACUAUACAACAACGACCACCGACAUUAUUUAAGCCCGAAAUGAUGCGCCAACUACCUGCAAAUAUUUUUACGGAUGAGGAGAAAGUUAAAUGGGAACACGGGUUAAAAGGACUUUGGGCUCAUGUUGAAAACAAUCCUCUCGACUCAUCGGCACAUCAAGACGCCAAGCGGAAAUUGGUUGAGUUUUCGAAGUCAGUAUCAUCCAGGAUAGUACAAUAUCGCACACAGCAGCAACAGCGCCAGAUACAGGCCCAGCAGAAUCAGCAGAAUCAACAAAGUCAGCAGAGUCAGCAGAGUCAGCAGAAUCAGCAAAACCAGGCGCAAACUCAGCAGGUUCAACAAAAUCAACAGAAUCAACAGAAUCAACAACAGACUCAGCAACAGAAUCAGCGAAGCCCACAGGCGCAACAAGCACCACAACCUACAACAGCUCCAUCCAAUGAGGCACCUCAGCAAGAACCAGCUCUACGACAGCAGGAACAAGCCGCACAGUCACAGGAUAAUCAAGCUACUGGUUUCAAUGCUGGAACUUCUUCUCAACAGCAAGCAAGGCCUCAAGUUACUGCUCAGAUGCCAGAGAAGAUUCUGCAGCACGUCAGAGCAUUUCCAUGGAAUGCCCCACAACACUUAACCCCGCAAUCACCAGAAUGGACUAAAUGGAUGGCAGAUAUUAAAAACAAGUAUGCAAAAGGCCUGAUGCAGAUGGAGAAGACAAAUAUACAGGCGAAGAGUAUGGAAGAUUAUAUUAGAAAGAAAAGAGAAGAAGGGACUGCAACGGAACAAGAUGAAGCAGACCAUCAGACGAGAUUAGCAGAGGUUAAAAAACAACAUCAUAUGGCCAAGAAGUUCGUGGAUGACAUUAGAGAGAGCCAGAAACGUAUCGGAUCAGGAAACGCUCAUCAAGGUCAAAAUCAGCAUCCUCAACAAGCUCCUGCACCUGGCCCAUCCAAUGGAAAUGCAGAUGUUACUACAAGCCAGGGUGGGCAAGGAGCUCCAGGUACCACCCAAAUGAAUCAAACACAGGGAGCUCCCAGGCCACCUAUGAAUUUGCAACAGCCACCAAACCCAGCGUUGCAGAAUACUCAGACUGUCAAUGCUGCUAUUGAACAAGCUCGUAAUCAACAAAUGGGUGGCGGUAAUCGACCUCCUGGGCCACAAGGACAGCCAUCCCAAGGUCCACAAGUUCCUACGCCGAACGCACCUCCUCAUCCAACUAUGCCUCAAUCUCAACCUGGGCAGGCGCAAAGUAUCAAAACCGAACCAACAAUGCCAGGUCCAAUCAACACCGCCAUUACUCAAAUGCAAAACAACCAGCAACGUCCGGGCCAAACAAAUUCUCCUCAAUCAGCCAUUCCUCAAUCAGCCAACUCUAUCAAUGCACCACACCCACCUGGACCACCAAGAGCUUUAACCCAUCAAGCGGCACUACAAACUGCGGCUCAAAGUUAUUCCAGCGCGGGUGGUCAAACGAACACACCUAAUACGGUCAUGGGUCACUCGCAUACUCACCCGAAUACUAUGCCCAGGGAACAACAAAAUCCAAGCUCAACAAAACUUCCAAUUCCCAAACAUUUGCCAGAAAGAGCAAUCGCACCCCCACAACCUGUCCAAAUGGGUCAAUCACGUCCUUCAUUUACUGGUGGUCCAUCAGGUGCUGGUAACGGAGUUAUGGGUCAACCAGUUAUUGCAAAGACUCCAGGUUACGUCCUGGAUGGCGAAGGUGACCGCGUUUUGAGUAAGAAGAAAUUGGAUGAGCUUGUUAGACAAGUUACCGGUGGCGGAGAGAAUAUUGCAGGUGGCGGUCUGACUGCUGAAGUCGAAGAGUCCAUUCUUACAGUCGCCGACAACUUCGUCGAUCAAGUCCUUCAAGCCGCGUGUAAGAAUGCCAAGGAACGUGGCUCGAAAAUUUUGGAAAUCCGUGACAUUCAACUCACUCUCGAGCGCGGUUACAAUAUUCGUAUCCCAGGUUACGCCAGUGAUGAGAUUCGAACCGUCCGUAAGAUCGCACCAAGCUCUGGAUGGAUCAACAAGAUGAGCGCCGUUCAAGCUGCAAAGGUCACGGGUGGAAAGGGUAGUGAUUAAAAGCGCUGUCCAUAAUUCCAGAAGGCGUUUUUCUAUUUGUUUAUCCAGGAUGUCCGAUAUAUCUUCAUCACUUCGCAAUGAUGAUUCAAAUUGACGAAAAGGAAAAUAAUCAUUAUGAAUAUGAAUCGGGAUAAAUUUCUUAGGAGUCACUAUACUAUCAGGGCAUGGGAUGGAUGAUAAUUGGUGUUAGGCUAUUCAUCUUAACUUGAUGUGCAUAUGGCAUGGAAUGUCGUUGGCGUUGGAGGAGUGUUAUUAUGAUGUUUUGAAAUCAUAAUCUGUAUUCUCUCUGGGUAUGUGUCGGCCUUCUAAGAUAGGUACUAAGAUACCAAGGUACUACCUAAAUACCAUGGCACUUCAUUAAUCUUAAUACAAGUUCACUAUGAUG